UGACUAUAAGCUCAAGCCACCAAACUCUUGGAAGGGAUCAGUUAUAGGUAAUAGCAGAAGAGUGCUACUAUCAAAUUGCUUUAUACAAAGGUGUCUUUGGCCUCAACGUUACGCAUAUGAACCGCAGUUUGCAGAUGGAUUGUUUUGUAACGCGACGCAUUUUGGGGAAAAAGUUCCGCCUAAAGAGUGAACUCGUCGUCUUUUACUUCCGCCUAAAGAGUGAACUCGUCGUCUUUUACAUACUCAAAUCCCUCUAUUCCCUUUGAAGCUAUGGAAGCGAGCUUCUUUCAUUCUUGAAUAAAGGUAAAUCUUUAAUCCCCUCUACAUCCAUUCCUAUUUUUUUUUUCUUUUUUCUGUAACAGUUUCAACCUCAAAAAUUUAGGAUUCUCUAAAAUGAGUUCAAUUUUCAGAAGAAAAGAUACAUUCUUGAAGCUAAUUCUUGGAAAAACCUACCAAAACCCUCAAAAAAUAUUUAUUCAUCUUCCUACGUCUAUAAAUCAGAGGCCCUUUUCAACCCAGUCGCCAAAAAAAUUCCCUGAGUAUGAAAUGCCUUCAGUGACAUGGGGAAUAUUGCAAAAGAAUAAAGAAAAACUUGUCUCAAGAGUUAUAAUUUCUGACUAUUUAAAAAGUAUAGGCAUAGUCACUAAUGAAUUAGAGGAUCAAGAAUUGCCAUCUACAGUUGAAAUCAUGCGUGAACGUGUCGAAUUUCUGCAGAAUAUUGGUUUAACAAUUGAUGAUAUCAAUGAGUAUCCCUUAAUGCUUGGAUAUAGUGUGAGGAAAAAUGUAAUCCCUGUUUUGACAUAUUUAGAAAAAAUAGGGAUUCAAAGGUCAAGUCUUGGUGAAUUUGUUAAACGUUAUCCACAAUGUUUGAAUGCUAGUGUUGUAGUGGAGCUCGUUCCGGUUGUCAAUUUUUUACGGGGGCUUGAUGUCGAGAAGCUUGAUAUUGGAUAUGUUUUAAUGAAAUACCCAGAGUUGUUAGGGUUUAAGCUCGAGGGAACGAUGAGUACUUCAGUAGCUUACUUGGUCAGUAUAGGGGUUAAUCCGAGGGAUAUAGGGCCAAUGGUAACACAAUAUCCAUAUUUAUUGGGGAUGAGAGUUGGGACCAUGAUUAAACCGUUUGUGGACUAUUUGCUUUCGUUGGGUUUGCCGAAGAAAAUUUUAGCAAGGAUGCUCGAGAAACGGGCGUAUCUGCUUGGAUAUGAUCUUGAACAGACAGUGAAAGUGAAUGUAAAUUGCUUGCUUAGUUUUGGAAUUAGGAGGGAAGCUCUGCCUUCUGUUAUUGCACAAUAUCCGCAAAUUCUUGGUUUGCCUUUGAAGGCUAAGCUGUCAUCACAACAGUAUUUCUUUAAGUUGAAGCGCAAGAUUGAUACUGAUGGGUUUGCUCGUGUAAUUGAGAGGAUGCCGCAAAUUGUUAGCCUUCAACAGCAUGCUAUAUUGAAACCUGUAGAGUUCCUUCUUGGGCGGGGUUUUUCAGCUGAUGAUGUGGCUAAGAUGAUUAUAAAAUGUCCUCAGUUAGUUGCUGUACAAGUUGGCUUCAUGAAAAAUGGCUAUUACUUUUUCAAGAGUGAUAUGGGCAGGCCAAUGGAAGAACUUGUGGACUUUCCGGACUAUUUCACUUAUAGUUUAGAAUUAAGAAUCAAGCCGAGGUACCAGAGGUUGCAAAGCAAGGGAAUCAAAUGUUCUUUGGCUUGGUUUCUCAACUGCAGUGACCAAAGAUUUGAAGAGAGAUUGUAUGGUGAUUAUAUAGUGCCUGAAAGUUCCGGUCCAUCAUUUUGUAUGGGUGGGAAGUUAGAAAUGGCAGGCAGUGAUAAUGUAUCAGAAGAGGAGGAAAGUGAUGAUGAUUCACUUUAUAGACGCACUGUCUCUUUGUAGGAACUUUGCUUAAAAUCAUUGACAAAUAACAGCUUAUGAUGUUUGCUUAACAUCCUAGCCUUUUAACCUGAACUGAGAUAUUUUCUAGCUCCAUGUAAGGAAACUUCUCUUAUCUUUUAUACAUGUUAGAUUUUCGCCUUCCUACAUUAUACUCUUCUACAUAUUGGUAUAUUGUCCAGUCUCAUAUGAGAACAAUGAUCUUUCAGAGCUAUUAAGUAGACUAUGCUCUUUAAUUUCUGUUUCAGAUUUAAAGUUGUUGAAAAAUCACAGUUGUGAUGUUUGCUUAGCUUACUAGCUUUUUAAUUCCUGAAUUGAGAAAUUAUGUAGCUCGAACAGGGUACUUUCUGUCAAUUGAAGGCAAAAAUGUUAUCAAAUGUGUGAUAAUGCUUUAGAAAUCUGCAAAUCGAAAAUUAGCAACUACGUGGGCUUGGGUUCUACAAGCUGGUGAGAGCAAUUAUAAUUACUUCGAGCCGUUCUGUGUGAAUUAUACUUUGUAGAUGGUGUUCCUGCCAUUGACUAAUAGCUCUCACCCUUUGGUGAUAUGCUAUUUCUAUCAUGCUAACUUGCAGCUCACUCAUGCAUUAAUUUUCAUUGUAUUAGGCUUGUCAAUAGGAAGGAGUACCUCCUGUUUAUUCGAGUGGACCGUGUAGGGCCCAAUCAUAGUCACAAUUACAAAAAAGAAGCCCCAUGGUCGCAAACCCCUAGAAGGCAGGAAAUUCUUCAGUAUCUUGUAUUUCGCAUGAUUGAUAAAAUAAUAGAGUAGUUAGUACGACCAAGUUGAGCCAUAUUCUGUGGUCUUAUUUUGAAGUUUUGUGCUCCCGUGUCCUAGUAGAACACAUCUUCUAGUUGAAAUCAUUCAGAUGCGAAGUAUUAAAAUGUGGUGAAAUAGAAUUGAGCAUGCAAAAAGCUGAAUUAUUCCUAUCUAUUUUGGUGUUUAUUAUCUACUAUAGUACUAAAUUUACUGUUGGUUGCAAUUUUUUCUUUUAUUGCUCUAUAUUGCAGCAGAUCUGGAGUGAUCAAUGUUGCAAAUGGAAGUUGAUGGCUUUGCAGUUAUGUUAUUCCUUUCUAUGAUAACAGUGUAGGUUAGGUGUUUUUUUCAACUAUGAACUUGAAACUUUUCAGGGAGAAGUGUCUUCUCUAAGCUGUGAAUUUAUCUUACCGGCCAUGUUUGUGAAGCAAUACACCAGCUACAUCCAUGUCUGCUGAGGAAAAAAUGAUUACAUAUAAUUUUUAUUUUUUGUCUCUUUCUAUCCACAGGCCUGGUGAUGUGUCUUUCAACAAAAUAUCACUAGGGUACAGCUUUUGUCUUUUGACUGGAUAUCUUAUUAUCCAAGAUUCCAAGUUUUUACACACUGACAUUGCAAUAAGUAGCAGUAUUCUCUUCCAAUGGUAUGAUGCAUGUAUCCUCCACGUUUGUCUCGUAGCCCCAUUUGACUUGGAAACCUGAGUCUUGCAUCCUCGAAAUGCUUCAUUAGUUCUACAUAUUUCCAUUUGUAAGCAUCCACCUCCCUGCCCCGGCUGGUAAUAAGGUCAGUAAUUUGAUCACAGCAAGUUUCAAGUGAAGUUUAGCAGUUUGUAAUUGUGAGCUGUGUACUUUUUACUGCUUUAGCUUCUGUUCUUUUCUUCCUUAAUGCCCACAUUAAGCAGGCAGGAAAAAGACUUGAUAGAAGGCUGCAUGAGUGGUCAGAAGUCGGUGGUAUUGGCAAGGUACUUAACUUUGUGAAUUCUUUAUAGGGGCAUGACAGGUGAUAGUUUUUUUUUUAAUCUUGUGAUGGCAACAAAGUGGGGUUAUUUUGAUCUUCAGUAUUGUAUCCAUUUUUCUUA